AUGAAUAACUCCACAUUGAUCCUCAGCAUAAAUGAGACGUCUAUGAAUGCUACGACUCCUUUUAUUGGGCUCGUGAACAUAAUAGAAAUAUGUGUCCUCAGCAUCAAUAUCUUGUUUGCUUUUCCAACAAACUCCUAUGUUAUAUGGCUCAUCAUCAAAGGAUCAGAAAGUUUUGCAUCUGAGUUUAUCAACGUUAAUCUCUCUGUUUGUGAGAUUUUGAUCUGUCUGUAUUGUUUCUUUAAAAUCCUGGCGUUUUGGUUUUUAAGUCUCCUGCCAGUUGCCAUCUAUUUCCAUGGGCUGCUAAACGCCGGUCGUCCUCUGUUUCAGUGUCUGAUGUGUGUCGAGCGUUACCUGGCGGUGGUUCAUCCUGUAACCUUUCUGAAGUACAAACCUCUCAGAUAUAAAGUGAUCUGCUGCACUGUUGCCUGGAUCAUUUGUCUUGGAUCCUGUUUCGGCAGCAUGUGCAUUUUAUUCUUAUCUACUGUUAAUGUUUUUGUAUGGUUUCUUUCAGUGCAGUUCCUCGUCUUUCUCUCCAUUCAGAUGUUCUGUUGUCUUGCUGUUCUCAGAGCUCUGAAGCAGUCAGGACCAGGAGAGAGAGCGAGAGACAGAGAGCAGGAAAACCACAUGAAGAGAAAAGCGUUUUAUCUCAUUCUAUUAACUACUGUAAGCAUGCUGAUCGGAUAUUUUCCUGCUUCAUUUCUUGGAUUUAUUUAUUUAUUUGAAGAUCGAGCUCUAAAGCAGUCAGGACCAUGA